AUGCCUCUUGGGCUGGACGACGAUGAACUUGAAGCCUUCAUCGGCAUAUACAAAUUAAGACCAAGUUCAGAGACCAAGGACACCCAUCCCCCACAGCGGCAAAGACCCGGCAAAGAUUCUUGCCUCUCAUUGGCGACAAGGCCGUCGACUCGACAUGAUCUGUCGCGUGGUCGAGGAAGGGAGCAAGAAGAGAAAGAGUUACAGCAGCUCAGCCCAGUCAAAGAGGAAAGUUCCGACAGUCUCUUUAGUUCGCCUGUAACGGCCUCGCCCCGACCGAAAGCAACUAUCCACAGUCCGAGGGAGGGCAAAGGCGACACCAAGCGCUACAGUUUUCUACACUGUUAUGACGAAGGGCAACAGGAGCCUCGAAAACUGACCCACAGCGCUUCUCUCCCUCCUAUCUCAUCUCUCCAAUACCAGCCAACACCUACAAGAAGUACUUUCCGGGGGCAGUUCAGUUGGGCGGGCGAAUUCGAGAAGGAGCUGCGAGAUAUCGAAGUCCAACUCACCCGCAAGACCAAGGCGAGAUCGGCUGCUAAGUCUUCACGAACUCAUCGCAGUCUCAAACUCAGAAAGGGACCUUGA